AUGUCAGUAUCAAAACUUGAAUCACUUCCAAAUGAAAUAUUAACUGAUAUUAUCGAGAAAUAUAUUAAUGGAGUAGAUUUUCUGAGAGCUUUUAGCUUUCAACUCAAUCGACGAUUUGAUGCUAUUAUUAAUCAAUGUCAACGACUUCAUUUUAAUUUUAUUCAGUGUCAAAAAGAUGAAUUUCGUUUUUGUAUGGGUCUUUUACCAGCCUAUAUCGAUAAAAUAGAAGAAUUAUCCAUAUCAGAACAAGACACACCUGGUCAAGUUUAUGCUUUUCUAUCUUUUUUUCCAUCGUUUUUAUUGUUUAAACGACUUCGAAAACUUUAUUUUCAUUUUAAUGAUGAAGCUCUCGAUUGGAAAAUUGCUGAAAGAGCUCUUAAUUCAUUAUCACAAACGACGAUCGACACCUUAUCAAUCAAAACAAGUAUUAAAGAGAAUAUAUUUUUACUAACAAAUAUUAUUAUCAGUCUUUUUGGCUUAAAAUCAUUAAAACGAUUUUCUCUUAUCAGCAAUUCAAAUCCUAUGGACUGGAGUGAUUUAGCAAAUAUAUCGUCAAAUAUUGAACAUUUGACUAUUUCUGGUAUACAUUGUGAACUUGAAGAUCUACAAUAUAUUCUUCAAUGUUCUCCUCAUCUUAAAUAUCUUGAUGUUGAAAUAGUCUGUACAAAAUUUCAUUAUGAGAAAAAAGAAAAGCGUCGAAAAAAGAAUAUUAUAGUGAUGUCUACACUUCAUACAUUAGUCUUAUCUUUUGAACAAAAUAGUUCAAUAAUGAUGGAUAUGUUGACACAAUAUUUUAAUUCGAUGCCUGUUUUAAAGCAUGUUGAAAUUAAAGCACAUAGUGAAAUAUUUAAUGGAAACGUAUGGGAGAUGUUGGUGGAAACAUCGUUACCAUUACUAAGUCAUUUUAGUCUUCGAACAACUACAUCUCGUAUAAGCAAGGCUGAUCUCCAGAAUGUUCUCGCUUCUUUUCAAACUUCAUAUUGGAUAUCGAAAAAGAAUUUCAAUCUUAUAAUAACUGAACAUCAAGACGAAAAUGUCAAUGGUUUCGGCAUAAACAACAUGAACUGCUUUAUUAGAGAUGAAUUUGAUUGGCCUGUUAUUCAAUAUUGGAUAGCACCCAAUCGCACUGAUAAUAAUGAUCUUAUGAUAGUAAAUAAAAGAAUAAAUUUAAGUUUUGAUGACAUGAAUAAUAUUAUAUCAAGUCAUUACUAUUUUGAAAAUGUGAAGUAUCUUAUAGUGGAUAAUCUGGAUAGUUCUGUAUUCAAAUGGCUGAAUACAUAUGUAAAUUGUUCUAAAAUUAGGCAACUCGCCAUCACAUGCUCGCAAAAAUCGACCGUCGAAUUAAAUGCACUCCUGGCAUCUCUCAAAAAUAUUAGUUUACUUCAUAUGACCUUGGAUCUGUUUCUAACUGAUGUAUAUGCUUUCAUGGGAAUGAUCAAUAGUGUAAAACACCUUGAUAUAACUCUUUCUGAGUAUAAUUUCAACGAAAAAGAUAUUAUUAUUAUUGCCAAGUGCUUUCCAUACGUCGAACAUUUAAAAGUCAAUACGUCAAGCUUACAUAAUAUUCAAUUAUUGAAGAAAUAUUUACUGAAUCUUCACAGUCUUUCUUUCGAUAUUUCAAAAUAUUGUCCAUCUUUUUUUGAUAGUUAUGCUAGAAAAAAGUGGGAAUAUGAUCUACGACGACAAACUAAAUUUUUGUUUCAAGUGCAGAAUGAUACAAUGACAGUUUGGCUUGAUCAAGC